AUGCCUCGACGCGAACAGGAGCUGCCCGUCGAAAGCUCAUGGCGACUGGUGGAAGGUGGUGAGAACGACAGUUUCGAUACCUCGAUUCUGAACGAUCUCGAUGAGGACGAGAGCUUUCAUUCGACAGACCCAUCACAGUUGCCUUCCCAGCUGCCGUCACAAUCAUUCAGUAUCGGCGGGUCUCAAGAAUCUCAUCACAGCGUCCAGGACUUCAUGAACAAGGCCGACGAUGAGCGUGUCAUCCUCCGUUCUCCCUUCCAGCCCACCGUCCGACAAGACCCGAACCGUACUCCAGACCCGGAGUUUUUCAUGCCCUCCGUUCACAUGAUAUCCGGCCCCGGCGGAAGCCCGCGACAGGGUAGCAGUGGUCGGUCGUCACGAACCAUCCGUCCAGGAGAUGAUUAUCAACGUCAAGAUGUACGCCGCCGCGCCAUGCGACAAGCAAGUACGGGGAGCCCCAUCAAGACACGGCGUGGCGAACCGAGGAGGGAACGAGACUAUUUGGACGAACGACCCGGAACAGUCUCCGAGCGACUAUCUCAGAACCUUCCGAACGCGCUGUACACGAUCUUGGCAUGGGUAUUCAACGUCAUCGGUAUGGCUCUUAGUUAUCUCCAGAAGCCUCUGGCGCUGUGUCUCGCCGUCUGGCUCUUUUUCGGCGCAUCCAUCAUGCUUCAAAACAUGGUGACCAAAUCGAUAUCGGCGUCUCUAUCCCCGCUAUGUCGCAUCCCGGGAGCUGCAUAUCUCGACCUGCCCUUCUGCCCUUCACCAGGACUCUCAACGGGCGGCAGUCAAGAUGCCGGGUCUGAAAACGUCGAGUUCGACGAUCUAAUGAACGUUCAGUCGCAGUUCGAGCAGGUUCUUGAACGCAGCGCCGAUGGCGUUUCUCUACCUAUGGAGAUGAAACGCUCGGAGUCUUCUAUUCGCGACCUUCGCACCAUGGUCCGCUACUCCGAGCUGCCACAGCGAGAAGAGCUCGUUUACGAGUUCAACGAGUACAUCGACAACUCACGGUUGACGGCGGCAGACCUGCAAAAGUUCAACGUUCAUGUCGGUUCAGCCGUCGACUCGGUGAUAUCCAUCAACCGCUGGACUUCCCGAUACUUGGAUACGCUGUCCAUGGCCGAUAACACCGACGUCUCUUUGGUAUCGCAGUGGACAAACUGGCUCUUCUAUCCCUUCACUCCCACCGUCACGCCUUUCUCGGAACGCACACUCCUCGACAAGUACAUCGAGCACACGGCCCUGGUAUCAGACCGCAUCGCCGGCCUCAUCGUCGAGGCGCAGGGCGUCCUGCUCCUUCUCACGAAAGCCGAGGAGAACCUGAACCAGAUCUACGAGCUCGUCACCCAGUCCUCCAACUCGGUCAAGUCCCGCCGCGACGAGGUCAUGUGGACCAUCUGGACCCUCGUCGGCGCCAACAACAAGCGCCUGCACAACCUCAACGCCCAGCUGUCCCUGCUGCGCCAGGUCGACCGCCAGCGCGUCACCGCCGUCGCCCAGGUCUCCGCCCUCAUCGUCGACCUCGAGAAGAUCCAGGCCGGCCUCGGCGACCUCCGCGACCGCGUCGCCGCCCCGGAGCUCGUCCGCGACUCCCCCGCCGCCAUCCCGCUCACCGUUCACAUUGAGACCAUCGACCGCGGCGUCGAGCGGCUCGAGGAGGCCAGGCAGCGCAUACGCGCCGCCGAGAACGACCGCAUCCGCGAGGCGUUGGCGAGGGGCGGCGCCAAGGAGGACGACAAGCUCAUCGAGGGUCGUCGUUGA